AUGGAUGAAGAAGUAGUCGAUGUCUUUAAUGGAGUUAAACUCAAGUGGGUUUUUGUCUGUAGACCAGUAAACCCCAAACUCGUUCAGAAAUCUAGUAGUCAUGGACUCGAGAUUAGGGCUUUCGAACUCACCUUCCCUCAUAAAUACAAAGACGCUAAGUCAAUGAAGCAGGAGAGCAAGAGCUCAAAAAUCUUCACUCUUGAUCCUGAUUAUGCUUGUUUCGGCUUCGUGAACCAUAUGUGGGUACCGCUAAUAAACUUCCCAGAUGGAAGUUACUACAAGUAUGUGAAGCACAGGAUCGACGUACUCGACAAAGAGAACUUUGUGUGCAAGUACACUUUGAUUGAAGGCGACAGUUUGGGGGAUAAGCUUGAAUCAAUUGUGUACGAGGUUAAAUUCGAGGCUUCUUCUGACAAUGGUGGAAGCGUUUGUAAGGUGGCCAGUGAAUACCAUACAAAGGGUGAUCAUGAAAUUAAAGAAGAAGUCUUCAAGGCAAGCCAAGAAAAAGCAGUGGAAUUGUACAAGGUUGUGGAAGCACAUCUCUUGGCAAACCCUGACCUCUAUGCCUAAAGUUCACUUAACCAGUUUCGAAUUGGUCGCUAUUCAGGAUUCUGUCAUACUGUGAUAUUUUCUUUUCUUUUUGUUUAUUCACCAUGUUUUGGUUUAAAUGUCUGGUCGAAGCUUGAAAGCUAGAGUUUGUUCAAUAAAUAUGCACCAAUUAUAAGGUGAGUGUCUCAAUAAAUUGCCAUUCUGUUGGAUAUUUUAA